GUUUUCUUAUAUUGGUUCUCUGGCUUGCACACUCCUUGUCCGGUCUAUAGGUCUUGAGGAAUGAAGAUUUGAAUAUAAGGCCAUGGCUAAACACCUGAAGUUCAUUGCCAGGACAGUGAUGGUUCAGGAGGGGAACGUGGAAGGUGCAUACAGGACCCUGAACAGAAUCCUCACCACCGACGGGCUGACUGAAGUCAUAAAGCGACGACGCUACUAUGAGAAGCCUUGUCGCCGCCGCCAGCGGGAGAGCUACGAAACAUGCCGAAGGAUCUACAACAUGGAAAUGGCUCGGAAGAUUAACUUCUUGAUGCGGAAGAACCGUGCAGACCCAUGGCUUGGCUGCUAAGGCCUGGGGUAGACGGCGGCC